UUAGUCCAAACUAUGGACUAUAAAUUUGCUCAUCUGCUGUGCAGUUGCAGCAUCUCUACUCAAAUGGCAGCACUGUUAAAUCUCUUGACGCUACUCUCGCUGCUGCUUGCCACCGAAGUGAGUCCUUAAAACUCCUAAAAAUCCUACUUAAUACUGCUCUCUCUCUCUCUUACAGUCCGUCAACUACAACAUCGUGGCGGAUGAGAAAAUGUUGGUGUUGCCCUGCAGCAAAGAGGAAGAUCGUGGCAAUGCGGUACUCUCCGAUUUUGUGGACGUUACCGACCUGCAGCUGGAGCUCGACAAGGACCUUCAAACAUUCCACAUCAGUUGCGAUAUUAAGAUCAAACCGCUGCCCAAGGGACCCAUCAAAAUGCAGGUGGAUGUCUAUCGCUGGGAGCGUGGACAGUGGUCGCCAACAGUUUUCGCUCUGAAGCGUGAUGAUAUUUGCCGAUCGCUGGCAGAUCCCUUUGAGAUAUGGCAUUUAUACAUUGUCACCCAGAUACCCAAGAGUCAGCGCAUCUGUCCACCAAAGCUAGGACAAGUUUACAACUUACGGAAUAUCACGAAUCGCAUGACGCUGAAGAAUAUGCCACGGUGGGAUAUAGAAGGUGAUCUCAAGUCCGUGGUACAUUUUACAGUUGGCCCAAAAACCAUUUGUGCUCUUGCCUUUGUUACAAUCACAAUUGAAUAAA